AUGGACCAUGCCUUUCAAAACGCCACCAUCCAUACCUCGAGGUUUGAUACCGCGAUGCAACUCAAGACCACCUAUGAGAAACCGGGUGUGAAGUAUGUACAGGGUUUGAUGCUUCUUCACACCCCUGCCGAGAUGACCCUUUACGCAGUACCUUAUCAAGAUAGCCCGCUCGUGUGUAACUGUUGAUAUCAGCUCGGAAGAAUCCACCCAUCAGAUAUUAAGCUUCUAUGGCUCUUCUUAACAGAAAUGCUUCGCACCUCAUCUUCCCUCACCCUCUUCGACUCACUAUCGUAAUUCAUCAAGUUUACAUUAAGACCUUUCAGCCCACAAUGAGUAAAGAGGCCCUCUCAAUUGAGGGCAGCGACCCCCAGUCCCAAAACAAAGUAGCCGUAGAAGCACAUCACCCACUUCCAAGCGAGUUGAUGAACGCCAAACACGACCCCAGCAUCUCAUUCAAAGAAUAUAUGUACUAUGCCGCCAUAACAUGA